AGCUCUGUAAUGUGAUGAUGCAGCUGAGAAAGAUGGCCAAUCAUCCAUUGUUACACCGCCAGUAUUAUACCAGUGAAAAAUUGGCUGCCAUGAGCAAGGCCAUGAUAAAGGAACCAACACAUUUUGAUGCAGACCCUGCGCUGAUCCAAGAGGACAUGGAAAUCAUGUCUGACUUUGAGCUGCAUAAUUUAUGCAAGCAGUACAGCUCCAUCAGCAAAUUUCAGCUGGACAAAGAGCUCAUCUUAGACUCUGGAAAGUUUGCUCUGCUAACCAAGACACUCGCCAAGCUCAAAGAAAAGGGUGAUAGGGUUGUGCUGUUCAGUCAGUUCACCAUGGUGCUGGACAUUGUGGAGAUCCUGCUGAAACAUCUUGACCAUGAGUUUGUUCGGUUGGAUGGCUCUACUCCCAUGGCAGAGAGGAUUGGCCUUAUCGACAAAUACAACACAAACCCGGAGAUCUUUGUGUUUCUCCUGUCGACCCGUGCCGGAGGGCAGGGAAUCAACCUCGCCUCUGCUAACGCAGUGAUACUACACGACAUUGACUGUAAUCCGUUCAAUGAUAAGCAAGCAGAGGACCUCUGUCAUCGAAUGGGGCAGACGAGGUGAGGAUGGUACUAUAACUGUACAAAUGGCCGAGUUGCUCAAAGUCUC